AUGAUUGCUGCAAACGUUCCCCAUCUCCCAGACGGAGACUCGCCUGACCUGAUCCUGGUCCCCGCCACUCCUGAAGAGCGUAUCGCCUCCAUCAAGCUCAAUAGUACCGCCUGGAAGGGUUUCUUGGAUGUCGAAACCUACAUUGCGCGUGAAGAUCACCUCCGCAGCCAACGACUUACUCGAGAUGGACUGACCUGCUGGAUCUUGGUCGACGGUAGCGAGCCCGAGGGUGAUCGCACUAUCUUAAGCUCCUGCGAGACCUACCAGAAGAAAGCCCUCCUCGCACACGACGGCCAAGUGGAAGAUGUAUCCACCCACGGCAUAGGAUGUGUCUACUGUCGACCGGAGUUCCGGGGCAAAGGUUACGCAAAGCGCAUGCUCGAAGAGCUCAGCCGGAAGCUGGAUACAUGGAAAAUGGAAAAGCAGCCACGAGGCAGAGCAUUUUUCACAAUUUUGUUCUCGGAUAUCGGAAAGAAGUUUUAUGCACAGUUCGGCUGGCGGCCAUACUCAUCCUCGCAUAUGGUGUUGCCGGCUCGGGCGAAGGAGGAGCUGUCCAAUGGGGUGGUAGGGACGAGUGUGACACGGGAUUUGUAUGCCGAGGACGUCGACAAGAAUAUGUGCAACGACACCGUCAUUACCAAACUGCGUGAGGACAUGCGGGUCGCCUCGAAAAAAUCACAAACCGCCAAGGUGGCUAUCCUGCCUAACUUGGACCACUUUGUGUGGCACUGGGCUCGUGAGGAGUUCUACGCGCAGCAGCUAUUCUCGAAUCGCCAACCACCGAUUAUCAAGGGUGCAGGCAAUGACGACGUCCGCGUAUACUGUGCGUGGAAUCGGAAAUUUGGCGAGACACCUGAAGACAGUGUGCUUUACAUCUUGCGGUGGGUGUAUGACGAGCCUACAUCACCCGAGGCAGAGCAAGCAUUGGUCCAAGCGAUGGCCGAUAUCUUGCGGCGAGCUCAGCAAGAGGCCAAGGAGUGGGGUCUGAGCAACGUCGAAUUCUGGAAUCCAGAACCUUUUUUGCAGAAGGCUGUCAAGGUGCUGGAUCCCGAUGCAGAGGUCGUGCACCGUGAGAAGAGCAGCAUUUCCUGCCUGCGCUGGACCGGUGACGAGCAUGGACUUGGUCAGGAUGUGGAAUGGAUUUUGAACGAGAAGUAUACUUGGUGCUGA